AAAUGCUUGUAUAUAUUUAAAAUAUUAAUUAACUCGAGAUAGGAUAUUUCCUCUCUCACUACUAUAAAUACACACACACACGUACACCAAAAUUAUUAAGACUAGAGCUUAACUAACAAAAAAUUCUCAUCAGAGAGAGAGAUGCAGAAGGCGAUGAUGCAUCUCGACAUUCAUGUGUUAUUAUUAAUAUUAAUGGCGGCGGUUGUGGCGGGGGGCAUGAGGGCGGAGCAAGAGGCGGAUCGAGUGGCGGCGCUGCCGGGGCAGCCGGCGGUGAGCUUCAAGCAGUAUGCAGGGUACGUGACUGUGAACGAGAGUCAUGGCAGAGCACUGUUUUAUUGGUUUUUUGAGGCCACCAAAAAUCCUCAAAGAAAACCUCUCCUCUUGUGGCUUAAUGGAGGUCCAGGAUGCUCGUCAAUAGGGUAUGGGCAGUCAGAAGAGUUGGGACCUUUCUUUCCUCAGAAAGGGAAACCAGAGCUCAAGCUUAACAAUAACUCUUGGAACAAAGCGGCCAACUUACUAUUCCUAGAAUCUCCAGUUGGUGUUGGAUUCUCAUACACAAACACAAGCAAAGACUUGAAGGACCACAUUGGUGACACUAUUACCGCUCAGGAUUCAUACAAUUUUCUGUUGGGCUGGUUUCGAAGGUUUCCACAAUUUAAAUCUCAUGAAUUCUACAUUGCUGGGGAAAGCUAUGCAGGACACUACGUCCCUCAGCUUGCCGAGUUAAUAGUAGAGGAAAACAAAAAAGCGUCGGACGACGAUCAUAUUAAUCUCAAAGGCAUCAUGAUCGGGAAUGCAGCGAUCGACUCCGAAACCGACCAAAAGGGUUUGAUCGACUACGCUUGGCAUCACGCCGUUAUAUCGGACGAAUUAUACGAAAAAAUAAAGAAAAAAUGCAAUUUCAAAUUGGAAAAUGUGUCGGACGAUUGCAACAAUGCCCUUGAGAAAUACUUCGAGGUUUAUAGAAUCAUAGAUAUGUACAGUUUGUACACCCCUAUCUGCGUCGACAGCAAUUACACCACUAUUUCCCAACCCUACUCACAUUUUAAGGGCGCCCUUCCCAAGUACGUUUCCCACAUUGGAAUUCAUGGAAGGGCGUUAGCAGGGUACGAUCCAUGUGCUUCCGUAUAUACGAAGAACUAUUUCAAUAGGCCUGAUGUCCAACAAGCUCUUCAUGCUAAUGUCACAAAAAUUCCAUAUCCAUGGGUACAUUGCAGUGAUAAUCUUGAUUAUAGGAGCAGCGACAUCGCUUUCUCUCUACUCCCAACUAUAAAAAGAAUUGUUGCCUCUAAUCUAAGAGUUUGGAUAUUCAGUGGAGAUACAGACGGUAGGGUUCCAGUAACUUCAACUAGAUAUGCUUUGAGAAAAUUAAAAUUGGAAAUCGAAGAGGAAUGGACUCCUUGGUACACCGACAAGAAGCAGGUGGGAGGAUGGAGGGUGGAGUAUAAAGGGGUGACGUUUGUGACGGUGAGAGGAGCGGGGCACCAAGUUCCCACAUUUAAGCCGAGGCAAGCGCUGCAAAUGCUUAAACAUUUUCUCAAAAAUCAAAAACUUCCUUCUCUUCCAUUUUGAGCGUCUGUAUAUCAACCAACAUUUGCUUAAUAAAUGCAAUUAAAUUAUAGAGCAA